AUGACGAAACAUGUUCGCACUGCAGAAUCUGCGGCUCUAGAAUGGCGAAGCAAGUGGGAAUUAAGUCAGAAGGCACUACUCGAGAUGAUUGAGGAAUGUCGGAAGGAGAAGACGAAGGCUCAAACUCUCCAAAAGCAAGUCGACAGUCUUUCUAAUCUCUGUCGCGCGCUUCGCGCGGCCUCCACCAGUCAACCUUCAAAAGGUUCGUAA